GAUUUUACAGAGAAAAGAGCCCAGCCUCGCAUUUCACUUCCCUCUACUAGAGGAUGCAACAUAUGCUCCAUCUGUGAAGGCAUAUAUAAUCUCUCCGUGCUCAAUAGUGUUUGAAUUUCCUGAGUUUAACAGUUUAGUUUUGAGAAAUAUGCAGCACCGGACUAAGGUCUUAUCUUUUCUUAACGUUUAAGUAAAUUAAACAAAAUAAGAUGCUUAACUGAGCAUUAUUUGCGCUUGUGAAUCUCACGGUUGACGAGUUCAAAGAGUUGUGCAGGAGCCAGAAAGAGUACAACGGUCGAACGAAAGAUACGACUGGGUGACUUCUCACUUCUGGAUUUGUCAUAAAUAUCUCUAAUGGUACAUAAUGACCUCAGUUCCUAAACUGGAUUACAGAGCUGAAGAGUAAAUCACCACAUCACAAGACGAAGAGCGUGUGGAAGACUUCAGAAUGCAGGUUUUUUACUCUUAGUCCUCACAGUUCUCCAGACUUGAAAAUACAGCAAUGACUUCAUCAUCUGUUGGACACCGCUGAGACUUGUUUCGAAAUAUUAGACUGUAUUUUACAAUAACUACACCACUAGAGACAGAAGGAUGAAUGGGCUGGCAGAGACCUCAGUGAAAUGCGUACUAGUCGGGGACUGUGCGGUGGGUAAAACUGCACUUCUUGUACGAUUCACUUCUGAAACUUUCCCAGACAGCUACAGACCAACUGUCUAUGAAAACACUGGCGUUGAUGUAUUCAUGGAUGGAAUCCAGAUCAGCUUAGGACUGUGGGACACAGCAGGACAUGAUACGUUCCGCCAAAUCCGGCCCAUGUCCUAUCAGCAGGCGGAUGUGGUUUUGCUUUGCUAUUCGGUGGCAAAUCCAAAUUCGUUGAAUAAUUUGCGCCAGAAAUGGAUUGCUGAAGUGAGGGAGUAUCUUCCGAAGGUUCCUGUGCUGGUUGUUGCCACACAGACAGACCAUCGUGAGAUGGGCCCAUAUCGUGCUAACUGCACCACGGCCUCAGAAGGCAAACAGGUGGCACAGGACAUCCGUGCCAAGGGAUAUCUGGAAUGCUCGGCUCUAAGUAAUCGUGGCGUGCAACAGGUUUUCGAGUGUGCCGUUCGAACGGCUGUUAAUCGGGCACGAAGACGGACAAGGCGGAGACUGACAGAUCUUAACCCCUGUAAAAUCUCCUAAUGCUUUUACAGAAGGGAUGUUGUUUAAUUCUCAUCACUAAGACGAAAUUGUUUCUGUUGUCACAGAGCCAACUAUCUGAAGCCUCAACAAAGACUUCUUAACACUGAUGUCUUCAUACGGUUUACUUAAAAGACUGUUUGAUUUUGAGUUUUAAGACACAUUAUAGACACAUAUUUAUUCAUUAACAAGCUGUGUCCUUAAUUUUAUAAAUAUAAAAUUAUUGAACACAGGACUUUACAAGUCAAACUUGUGAAUCUUAUAAAACACAUGUGCGUCUUUUAUUGCAAUGCUACAUGUUGGAAAAUGUACAUUUGUAGGUUAUAGUUCUGUAAGUUCUAUUUUAAAUUUAAUUCUUGUGAAUCAGAAUGAACCCUUAAAACUGACUCUUAGUAUGCUGGUUCUUCUCCUGCACCUGUGAUCAUAAGGAUUCACAUCAUAAAGAUCACAUUCUGUAAUCUUAAUUUUAGGUGGAGAUUAAAGCACUGUGGUUAUGUAUUUUUGAUUUGCUGACAACGCUUUAUUCUGUGAUAUGCAGUUUGUGGAGCUUAAAGCUAAAAUGAGGAUUUCAGUCAUGAAGUUCUUAUUCUUAAAAGUUCUUAGUCUUAAUAAAAACACGUUAAUAAGUAGUUGUUUUAAUAAAAAAAAGUUUCGUUGGUA